UGGCUACAGUCUCUCCCAGGCCACGCGCGACGCGUUUCUCGAUGCACAAGUGCGCCUUGAACUCACCGACGACCGUCACCUCGCAACCUUGACGUGGUUCAAUGUUCCAUUUCGAAUUGGACUGCCAUAUUGAGAGCGUUCGACUUGGAGCAUCUAGACACCAGUAGUGACUGCGCUGUCGCGUUCACCAUUCGACACUCGCGCGCCGACAAUACUCGCGCCGAUACACUUGCGCAGCCUUCCCGGGUGGUACCAACAGCUUUGAUUUACGACCGUUGUCCAUUGCGGCCAGUCCUCUCUGUCCUUCAGGCCCAUUAACUACCCCCCCUCGACCGAUCACGUCCGACGCUAGACUUUGCGCCCCGAGGCGUAUGGUCGCUGAGCUGCCGUGACCAUGGGCAAGCUCAUCCGCCUCGAGCUCUUCAACUUCAAGUCGUACAAGGGCCACCAUACCCUCCUCUUCGGCGACUCGUACUUCACCUCCAUUAUUGGCCCAAAUGGAUCCGGCAAGUCCAACUCCAUGGAUGCUAUUUCCUUUGUCUUGGGCAUCAAGUCAUCUCAUCUACGCUCUGCUCAUCUUAAAGACCUCGUAUAUCGUGGGCGGGUCCUGAAGACUUCCAAGAUCAAUGACGACGGGUCCGCCGAGGCGAACGGAGAUGCCAACGGGCUGCCGGACACCGACGACAAGGCCUCCAGAGGUGAUCCAAAGACGGCUUGGGUAAUGGCUGUAUACGAAGAUGACGCUGGCGAAGAGCAGAAGUGGAAGCGCGCAAUCACCAACCAAGGCGCCAGCGAAUAUCGCAUCAACGACCGCGUCGUCACCGCGCAGCAAUACAACGAGGCCUUGGAAACGGAGAAUAUCUUGAUCAAGGCCCGCAACUUCCUGGUCUUCCAAGGCGAUGUGGAAGCGAUUGCUUCACAGUCUCCCCAGGACCUAACACGCCUCAUUGAACAAAUCUCUGGCAGCCUGGAGUACAAGACUGAGUACGAGAAAUUACAAAUAGAGGCUGAGCAGGCUGCCGAUAAUCAAAAUUUCCAGCUGCACAGGCGCCGCGGCAUCAACUCCGAGAUCAAGCAAUAUCGCGAACAGAAGAAGGAGGCCGACAGUUUCCAAAGGAAGACGGACGAAAAGGAUGCGGCCAUCAUCACGCAGUGCCUCUGGAAGCUUUAUCAUUUUCAGAGAGCCAUGGAUGAAUCCAGUGCUGCCAUUCAAGACCAUCAAGAGGACCUCAAAGAACUUCGACGAAAUAUUGAAUCUUAUGAGCUUCGCCUCGACGCGGCUCGGAAAGAGCAGAAUGCGGCCGGACGCGUCGUGGCCCGAACCGAAAAGGAAAUCAAGCUUAAAGAGAGGAAUAUUGAAGACAGAGAAAAUGCACUCGUUCCUUUCGACGAAAAAGUUCACGAAUCGUCGCAGCAUGUCGACCGGCUCCAGUCUCAGAGCCAGAAGGUGUCCAAGGAACUCGACGAUCAAGCCAAUAUCGUGCAGAAAGUCCAGAAAGACAUAGAAAGCGUUGGCAAAGCUCAAGAGGUCUUUGAGAAGGACAUCAAGGAGCAGAUGAAGAAGCAAGGCAGAGACAUCAGCGACGCGGAUCGGAGAGAAUAUAAUUUGCUACGAGCUCAAGUGAUGUCUCGGGCCGGUGCCAACCAAGCGAAACUUGAGAACCUCGAACGACAGCGCAAGGCAGACGAGGUUACAGUGAACAAUCUCAAGGGCAAGGUGGACAGCAUAUCGGCCGCUAUCGAGAAGUGCGAAGCCGAACUGGCUAGCACCGGCGAGAGACGGAGCGCUGCAGACGCAGCAGCCAAGGACAUCGCAAGUGAGAUUGCCGGCAAGAAGAAGGAGUUCAACCAGCUUCAAUCAGAGCGAGUGCGGACCAAUCAAAAGCGAACCGAACUCGAGGAGAAGCUUGAGGAUGUCGCCCGGAAGCUUCGAGAGGCCGACGAUGGUAGACGACAAAACGACCGCGAGACCCGCAUGAAAGAGAUGGUCACGUCGCUGAAACGCAUCUUCCCCGGUGUCCGUGGCCGCAUCGGCGAUUUGUGUACGCCGAAACAGAAAAAGUACGAUGAAGCUGUCAUCGUUGCCCUGGGGAGGGACUUCGACUCGGUUGUUGUGGAUACGGAGAAGGCUGCGGUUGACUGCGUCCAGUACCUGAAGGAGCAGCGCUUCGCACCCAUGACCUUCAUUCCACUUGACAACAUCAAGGUCAACGCUGUCAAUUCCGCUGUCAAGGGCAUCUCCGGUGCCAGGCUGACUAUUGAUACGGUCAACUUUGAACCCUCUGUGGAGCGAGCUGUCUCGUAUGCGUGUGGCAGCUCCGUCGUAUGCGACACGCUGGACAUUGCAAAGCACAUCUGUUACGAGAGAAAAAUCCACGUCAAGGCCGUGACCCUCGAGGGAUAUGUUAUCCACAAAGCCGGCCUGAUGACUGGUGGUCGCGGCCCAGAACCCAAGGGGGGCAAGAGGCGGUUCGAGGAGGCUGAUGUGCAGAACCUGCAGCGCAUGGCCGCGAAAUUGAGAGACGAAAUAGAUCGGCUGCCGAAAGCCGAUAGACGUGGCACGGUGGAAGAGUCUCUACAGAUCGAGCUGGCAGGCUUGGAGCGCCGCCUGGCCGCGACAAAGGAGGAGGCAGCCGUGUUCAACCAAAACUGGACGAGCAAGAAGCGCGAACUGGACAGUCACAAAAGGCAGCUUCGGGAACUCCAACCGAAGUACAAGGAGCACAUGUUGCAGCUCGACAGCACGCGGGAGACGGUACAAGAGUUCAAGGAUGCCAUUGCGCGUGUGGAGGACCAAGUAUUCGUCGAAUUCUGCAGGCGGCUGGGGUACAGCGACAUCCGUGCGUACGAAGCAUCUCAGGGCAAAUUCGAGCAAGAGGUGUCGGAGAGGCGAAGCCAGUUCGAGGUUCAGAAGCAGCGGCUGGAGAGCCGUCUCAAAUGGGAGGUUACGCGCCACAGCGACACGGAGGCACGAAUCCGACGGAUGCAAGAGCAAAUUCGCCGACUCAAGCAGGACAUCAAGUCCUAUGUCAAGGAGAAGUCAAAUAUCGAGGCGGCGAUGCGUCAAGAGCAAGACGAACUAGAGGCGCUCCGCGAGACGCUGGAGGAGCACAAAGCGGACUUGGUAGAGAAAAACCAGGCCGUCAGUGAGGCGCGAGCCGAACUCCAGAGGCGCAGUAAGGACAUCGAAGCGCGCCAACGGGAUAUCAAUGCCCUGGAGACUACGGUCCAAAAGAACAGCGCCAGCAAGUCAGGAUUGCUGCGGAGAUGUCGGUUGGAGCAGAUCCAGAUCCCCCUUGUUGAGGGCACGCUUGAUAACCUGCCCAACGAGGAUGACUUGCUUAGGCAAGACCCUGACGCCAUGGACGUGGAUGGUGAAGACGAGGAGAUGAUGGACAUUGCUCUCGAUGACCACGGCAUUGAGAUCGAUUUUGACGGGCUGAGCAGCGACUUGAAAGAGGUUAGUAUAGCAGGACGGGAUCUAGGCGGCCCUGCUGGACUGGUGGUUACUAACAUGGAACAGUCCGAUGAUGCGAGCGUCGAGGACACCUUGAUGGAAAAAAUUGCGGCCCUGACGACGGAAUUGGAGAAGCUCAACCCCAAUAUGCGAGCAAUGGAGCGGUUGGAGAGCGUCGAAACGCGGCUCAAGCAAACUGACCAGGAAUACGAGGACUCCAAGACAGCAGCGCACGCUGCCAAGGAGGCCUUUAAUAAUAUUAAACAGAGGAGGUACGACCUAUUCAACAAAGCAUUCACCCACAUCCAAGACCAGAUAUCGCACGUCUACAAGGAUCUUACCCGCUCCGAAGCAUACCCCUUGGGCGGACAGGCUUACCUAGAUAUCGAGGAGGACACGGACAUGCCGUACCUGUCGGGUAUUAAAUACCACGCCAUGCCUCCGCUGAAGCGUUUCCGGGACAUGGAGCACCUUUCCGGAGGAGAGAAGACGAUGGCCGCGCUGGCACUCCUGUUCGCCAUUCACAGCUACCAGCCUAGCCCGUUUUUCGUGCUGGACGAGGUUGAUGCUGCUCUCGACAACGCCAACGUGGACAAGAUCAAAAAAUACAUACGCGAGCAUGCAGGGCCUGGGAUGCAGUUCAUUGUCAUCAGUCUCAAGACAGGCCUCUUUCAAGACUCGGAAAGCUUAGUCGGAGUCUACCGGGAUCAAGAAGUGAACAGCUCGAGAACGCUGACGCUUGAUCUACGCAAAUACGCUUGAAAGCGUAUUACUGGCGAUGCUGGAUACUGUCGCAGACGCGGCGUGAGCUGGUAAUGAUGGUGGAGAGGGACAAAGCGACAAUUUGCCCAUGGGAUCUUGUGACGUGUAUAGCGAACGUCUCAUGGUUGGGCGGCAAUGGGCGCAGGCAGGCACUGUUUGGGUCGGCGCAUGAUGGUCGAGGCGUCUGGCCGGGAUCUGCUUUGGAUUUGAAUGAUUGUCAUAGCUCAGGAAACCGGAUAUCGUCCUUGGAAUCGUUUGCGGGGUCUUUGCCCUUUCCGGUUCGUCUGUCGCAAGGCCGCGUCGCGUCGUGCUAGAGUUCCGACCGUGCGGGAAAACAAGGGAGUAAUACAGAUAAAUAAAGAGGGCUCUGUCGUUCAAGCUCACGGAACUCUAACUACUAAGUCAUGAGGUUGGUACUUGCGGCAUAGGUAGU